AUGCAGUGCAUCCGAAGGCAGCCCAAGCGCACCGUGUCCCAGGAAGACAUGCUACUGGAGCAGAGCCGUAGAGUGGCCGUGCUGAAUGGCAUCAGGCUGGGCUUGAAAGAUGACAAGGAUCUGAAGUUCCUCCUGAGAGGCAGCCAGCUGCUAAAAGUGAAGUCAAGCUCUUGGAGGAAGGAGCGGUUUUAUAAGCUCCAGGAGGACUGCAAGACCAUAUGGCAGGAAUCAAAGAAGAUGCUGAGAUCUCCAGAGUCACAGAUCUUCUCCAUUGAAGAUAUUCGGGAUGUGAGGUCAGGCCAUAAAACAGAAGGUAUGGAAAAAUAUGCCAAGGAUGUCCCAGAGUAUCGCUGCUUUUCCAUCAUCUUCAAAGACCAGCGGAAAAACCUGGACCUCAUUGCAAGUUCAGAGGAUGAUGCCAACCACUGGAUCUCUGGCCUUGGGAAAAUCAUAGCCCACAGCAACUCCAUGAACCAGAAACAGAAACUCCAACACUGGAUUCACACCUGCUUGCGGAAGGCUGAUAAAAACAAAGACAACAAGAUGAGCUUGAAAGAGCUUAAGAACUUCCUGAAAGAAGUGAACAUUGAAGUUGAUGACUAUCAUGCCAAGGAGAUUUUCCAGCACUGUGACAAGUCCAAAACAGAGGCUCUGGAGGAUGAUGAGAUAGAGGAAUUUUACAAGAUACUGACAGAGAGGAAGGAAAUAGACAACAUCUUCCAAAUGUACUCAGACGCAGAAGGGUUCAUGUCCUGUCAGAACCUGGUGAGGUUCCUGUAUGAGGUGCAGCAAGAAGAAGAUGCUGUUAUUGCCGCCCCUGCCUUAAUUCAGAGAUAUGAACCCAAUGAAAGAGCCAAGAGGGGUAAUGCCAUGACCAAAGAUGGUUUCCUGAUGUACCUGCUGUCUGAUGAGGGGAAUAUAUUCAACUCCUCCCACCGUAAAGUAUACCAGGACAUGACUCAACCUCUCAGUCACUACUUGGUGUCAUCCUCGCACAAUACCUAUCUUAUGGAAGACCAACUCACAGGUCCAAGCAGCACAGAAGCCUAUAUCAGAGCCCUCACCAAAGGCUGCCGCUGUGUGGAGCUGGAUUGCUGGGAUGGCCCUAACUCAGAGCCCAUCAUUUAUCACGGCUACACUCUCACCUCCAAGAUCCUCUUCAGCGAUGUCAUUAAGGCCAUCAAGAACUAUGCAUUCAAAACCUCACCAUACCCUGUUAUCAUCUCCCUGGAGAACCACUGCAGCGUCGACCAGCAGAAGGUCAUGGCUCACCACAUGACAACAAUCCUGCAGGACAUGCUCUUGGUUGCCCCAGUCGAUGGAAACAAAUCCCAGUUUCCCUCCCCAGAGCAAUUGAAAGGCAAGAUCCUGGUAAAAGGCAAGAAGCUGAGCAGGCAGGAGGACCCCAUAAAUGAGAACAACAACCUGGAGGCUGAAGAUGUCUCUGAUGAAGAUGAAGCAGCUGAAAUUGAAGAUGAAUCUGUGAAGACCGAGAUACAGCAGAAGGGGAAGAGUGACACCUUGAAGCUGGCCAAGGAGCUGUCAGACACAGUUGUCUACUGCAAGAGUGUCCAUUUUGAUGGCUUUGAGGACCCCAGCCAUCCUCGAGCCUUCUACGAGAUGUCAUCGUUCACAGAGAGCAAAGCUCUGAAGCUAGCCCAGGAGUCUGGAAACAGUUUUAUUCAUCACAACAUCAGGCACCUGAGCCGGAUCUACCCUGCAGGCUGGAGGACAGACUCUUCCAACUACAACCCCGUUGACUUGUGGAAUGUUGGCUGCCAGAUUGUUGCCCUGAAUUUCCAGACAGCAGGCUCAGAAAUGGAUGUCUACCAGGGUCGGUUCCAGGACAAUGGGUUUUCUGGGUAUGUCUUAAAGCCAGAAUUCCUCCGGGAUGAACAAACCAAAUUCAAUCCAAAAUCCAUCACAGAAGGAACAUGGGGGACAAAGAAGAAGCUUCUGCUUAAAAUCAUCUCUGGUCAGCAGCUGCCAAAGGUGAACAAAAGCAAAAACUCCAUAGUUGAUCCUAAGGUAACGAUAGAGAUCCAUGGUGUCCAACAGGAUAGCAAUAAGAAGCAGACCAAAGUAAUUGAAAACAAUGGCUUUAACCCAAAAUGGGAUGAAGAGUUUACAUUUGACAUAGAGAUCCCUGCACUUGCUCUGGUCCGGUUUGUGGUGGAAGACUUUGAUAUGUCAACCAAGAAUGACUUCAUUGGGCAGUACACCCUUCCCUUCACGAGUCUGAAGCAAGGUUAUCGCCACAUCCAUCUUCUAACCAAGAAUGGAGACCCAUACUCCUCCUCCACCCUCUUUGUGUACAUCAAUAUCCAGGACUGUGAGUAGCAGCUCAGCUCUUUCAAGGCACAGUGAACCUCAUUACAGACCUAGAAGGAAUUCAGCAUGUGACGUCUGCCAAUGUCAGGGUCCUGUCAAUCCCAGCACCUUCCCUGGAGCAGUACAUGGUGCUCUGUAGGACCCCUGAUGUGAAAGAGCCAUCAACCUUCUCCCUUCUGAGUGCUGGAAAAUCCUAAUGCUGCUGUUGAGAUUAAUCCUUUUGUACCUGUUUGACCAAUCCAGCUGUGGUUUUAGUUCACUUUAUUUAGAUUUUUUAAUUUUGCUUUUAGUGAGAGGAUAGAGACUCCUUUUUAGUGAAGUACAGCUCUUGGGUUGGGUUCAGUCAGACAUCUGGACAAAACACCUAACAUCUGUGCAAGAAAAAUUUCACCUCAGCACUGAAAUCAGUGGCCAGGUGCCAGGUGACUUCUUGCAACUGCAGGUGUCAGCCAUCUCUCACCAUAUGAAGUCUUAAAUGGGGACACGAUUCCCCUCUUUUCUGUUACAGAUUGAAAAAAAAGCUGCACUACAAAGGCCCACGUUAUGUAACUCGACUUUCCUUUUGUGUUGCAAUAAAAAAUACAUGAGCACUACUCUGCCUGUGUGCCUG